CGCCUUCAAUUUAAUGUCUGUUUCAUCAGCUGAUCUUAGUUGAUGAUUUACUUUUCAUUUUAAUGUCUUAAUUGUGAUUAACUAAAUUUCUUUCAGUUAUCAAACUGAUUCUUAACAUUUUCUUUCUAAAUAAAUUAUCCAGUCCAUUAGAAUCCUGAGUUGCUUUGUUUUCGAUUGACAAUCAUGUUUAGCUUUGAAGGUAAAUUUAAAUCAAAGCCAGAACAAAGCCUCGGAGGAGCAUCAAAAAAGUUAACUAGGGAACAAUUAAUCCAGAAAAACGCUGAAGAGCGAAAGCAAAGAGAGAUUUUACGUAAGCAAAUUCAUGCAUCUACAAAAAUCCAAUCCGUUUUUCGAAGCUAUUUAGUCCGAAAACGUCUGUUCAACGAGCUCAGGCAGCAAUUUGACCAAGACUACAACAAACUCAGUACAUGUCAGAGGAACUGUAAUAUUUAUCUGACCAACACUUGUCAACGUCUUUUGUUAUUCUAUCAAACGACAUCCGACUCAUCUCGUCUGUUAUCUUUGGGACAAACUUUCAUUAAACUUAAAAAUUUGGUCAUCGAAUGUCUUAUUCAAAAUCCAAUCCAAUGGUCUUAUCGAAUUAGGAAAUUUUUAUUCAUCAACAUUAAGCAAUUAUGUUCAUCUCUCAAGUCUGAUAAUACACAAUCUGUAGCUACUCCACUUCGUCUGAUCGAAGUCUAUACCACAUUGGAUACUUAUGCUUCUCUUGGAGAAGUGAAAGAAGGUCAACAAAUGUUAACAUCUAUUUGGACAUAUUUAGCAUCGAAUAGUUAUUUCCGUUAUUUACGUCAAAUAAUUGACUCGAAAGUUCCCGAACCCUACGAGGAAACAAUCAAAGCUCCAACUCCUAUUGCAGAUUCGCUAUUCAACUUGAUUGUGCGACCCUUGGAUCUUGAUGGAAGUUGUUCUGCUAAAAUUAAUUCUACAAUAGUAUUGAAAUUUUUCGCAGAAUUUCUGUACGGACCUUUAUCUCCACAAGUGAAACUUCACAUCAUACCAAAACUAGUGCACCAAAUACCUGCUUCUCUUACUCCAUCCUCAAUUCUUACUUCCAUCUUCCCUGGACCAUUACCAGAAUCAGAGACUGAAGCUAUCGCAGUUUCUUCACUCGCCUGCCAGUGUGAUCUAUGGCAACUCUACAAUGUGGUCGCUCUUGUGUCUCCUCAACUUCAUUUGAUGUCUAAUUUGGACAAAUUUCGAUAUUUAAUUAUUUUACAAGUAUUGUGUCAAUAUUUACCUGAACAACAUGUAGAAACACCGGAAGAGGAUGAUGAAGAUGUCGAGAUGAUUGAACCUGGAGAAAGCAGAGAAUAUGUGAUUGAUCAAGAAUUGAUUAAUGUCGCUAACCAAAUAGUUCAACUGAUCAAUGAUGGUCCUCAUGUGAACUGUUUGAUUUCAUUAGUGGACAUGAAAACACCGAAUAAGGUUUUGCUUAUUUCACUUUCUUCAGUUUGCCAUUCACUUUUAUUCUUCCAUAAAUAUGCUCUUCAUCAAUUCAGAUUACUUCACACGCUAGCGUUUAAACCAAGUCUCCUUCGUAACCUGUGGUCUUACAUCACUCAAAUAUCGACACUUUCGAUAUUAGAUCAACCAACUCCUCUUCUUCAACUUCUUGCACGAGGUUUACCUUUGGCAUCAGUUGAUUGGCGAACAUUGUUACCCCAAUUCACUCUUUUCUGUUCACUUUUUAGUUACUUAUUACCAACACUCGAUGAUGUUGAAUUUUACGAAGAAGAAGAUCAUCAUUCAUCUGUUCGUCAUUCAUCGAUGCCCUUUUCUUUAGUUGAACUACAAAAAAUGACAAUGAUUCUAAAAGAUGUUUGUAUUCGUUUGAUUGAACUCGCUUAUCACGAUACUAAGCUUUCAGUAAAAGAGGAAUACAGACAAGCAAUGAAAAGUGUUCAGAACGAAAACAUCGAAGAGGAAAAGUUUGUCAAAUCUUGGUUGAAAUUAUUCAAAUCAACAGUCAACUUAUUGAGACAUUUGUACAUACGAGACUCGAGAAGAUCAUUUUGUGCACCAAAUCAUUGGAUCAGUCGUCAAAUAACAAUUCCAGUUGAAAAACCGACCAUCUUUAAAGUAGGAAUUAGACAACGUCGUCGAUAUCAACAGUUUUUAGGAGUUCGUAGAUUAACCAAGAGAGAACUGGAGGAACAGGGACCUCCUUUGUCGACAUCCGAGAUAAGAAACAUAACUAUUCUUCAAGAAAUACCUUUCGUGGUUCCUUUUCAUGACAGGGUUAAAAUACUACAAACAUUGAUGGCAAAAGACAAAGAAACUCACAUCGGGGAGCGACAUCGAUUCAUGGUUCCUGGAAGUGCUAUUGAUAUCAUGAUUAGACGUAACUUCAUUUAUGAAGAUGCAUUUGAAAAACUGUCACCAGAAAACGAGCCCGAUCUCAAGAAACCGAUACGAGUUACUUUAGUCAAUGCGGUUGGUCUGGAUGAGGCGGGUAUUGAUGGCGGAGGAAUAUUUCGUGAAUUCCUUAACGAACUAUUGAAAACAUGUUUCGACCCUAAUCGUGGAUUUUUUCAAACAACACAUGAUCGACUUCUCUAUCCUAAUCCAGCCUCUGAGAUGCUCGUUGAAAAUCACCAAAAUCAUUUUUACUUCAUCGGUCGAAUGUUAGGAAAAGCGCUUUACGAAAAUAUGCUGGUCGAAUUACCUUUUUCCCCUUUCUUUUUGGUCAAAAUUUUGGCUAAACACCAAACAUCAGACAUCGAUAUUCAUCAUCUCGCCUCUUUAGAUCCUGUCAUGUAUAAAAACUUAGUUUAUUUGAAUUACGAAGGAGAUGUUUCAGAAUUAGGACUUGACUUUACUGUCGUUAACUCUGACCUCGGGGAGAAUCAGAUAGUCGAAUUAAAGUCUGGUGGUGCAAAUAUUCAGGUAACAGCUCAAAAUCGAAUUGAAUAUAUUCAUCUUAUGGCUGAUUAUCGAUUGAACAGACAAAUUCGAACUCAAUGUUCCGCUUUCAAACAAGGACUUGCUGAUGUGAUAGAUCUCGAUUGGAUCAGAAUGUUUGACCCUCGAGAACUUCAAACAUUAAUUUCCGGAGCUCAAACCCCAAUUGAUCUUGAAGACUUGAAAGCUCAUGUUAACUAUUCUGGAGGAUAUUCACCAACUCAUCCAACUAUCGAAGUGUUUUGGAAAGUUGUCGAAGAAUUCAGCGAAACUGAGCGUCGAAAGUUACUCAAAUUCGUGACAUCAUGUUCUCGACCUCCACUUCUUGGAUUUAGAGAUUUACAUCCACCAUUUUGUAUCCAAUGUGCAGGGAAAGAAGAUCGACUGCCAACAGCAUCGACCUGCAUGAAUUUACUCAAACUAUGUGAAUUUGAAGAUGUCAACAUAUUGAAACAGAAACUCAUUUAUGCCAUCGAAUCGGGUGCAGGGUUUGAAUUGAGUUAAUUGUACUUAUCAGCUAAACGAACCUUAAUCAAAGCAAAACAGUAAAAACUAAAUUUUGUCGAUAUAAACGAUCAAUUAAUUGUUUUACACAUCAAACAAAA